AAAAAAGAUCGUAAUUUAUUUAGAAACAUCAGCAUAUACAUCAUAUCUACGUUGGGAAGAUAAUGGUAUUCCACUUCUUAUUUGUUGAAGUUGUUCGACAUCUAUAUCUGCAUAUACGAUUGAUUCCUGCUCGUCGGUGGUGGCGAUGACUUGACCGGAUGGAUUGACGACUGUAGAGUGACCCCAGGCGUGGUAUUCUGCUGUUUCGUCUCUUGCUGGACUGCACAUAGCGACGUAAAAUUGAUUAUCAACAGCACGAGCUCUCUGGAGUAACUCCCAGUGUAAUGGACCCGUUGUUGUGUUGAAAGCGCCUGGAUAAAUCAUAGCAAUACAGCCCUUGCGUGCUGCUAUCAUAGCCAUCUCUGGGAACCUAACAUCGUAACAAAUGCCAAGUCCAAUCUUGCCGAAUGGACUAUCAACGAUGGUGAUGUCAGAACCAGCAGUGAGCGUCUCACUUUCUUUGAAAGAAAUCUUGCCCGGUAUGUCGAUAUCAAAGAGAUGCAAUUUGCGAUGCUUGCCGAUAAGGUUUCCCUCAUUGUCAUACACAGUAAGGGUGUUAAAUAUACGACCUGUACCUUCUUCGCGUUCUGGGAUAGAUCCACCGAUUAUGUGGACUUUUGCUUGCUUCGCAACGUCGCUCAGCAUCUUUAUCGACUCACUGAGCUCACCAGUAGGUUUACCAGGUGUUGGGAUAUUCUCUGCGUAUUUCUCAAAGUAUUUGACUCCAUAUGGGCUAUUAAAGCAUUCAGGCAAGACGACCAAAUCAGACUUCGUGGACGCUUCUAAUAUCAAUUUUCUCGCUCUGUCGAGAUUCUUCGUCUUAUCAGGUGUUGUUCCACCCAGUUGGAUUAGUGAUAACUUGAAAUUACGCAUUAAUGAUGAUGGUGAUGGUUUGAACAUAAGCUGAGAUGUUCUGUUGUAUAGGAUUACAUGAGGGUGCAAUAUGACUCUAUUAUUGAUAGUAUAGCGUCUACUACGUCGAUAUUAUGGAAACAAACGCAUGAAGAAAUAGCAAGAAGGUGCUCGAAUAUACAAUCUAUAAAGUAAUACAGUAGUAAUGCUUAUUUAAUUACUUAUCAUGCGCUUAGAAAGGCUGAUAAUCGACCUUACUCAUCAUGACUAAAUGAGGGUAUAUAAAUGGUCAUUCUGAAUCCGGGAUUCAUCAGCUACAACGAAAAGCUAAUAACAACAACAGUACAACAAGCACAUUUAUACAAAAUUAGAUUCACAGCAAGAAUGUCCAUUUCCAGACAAGUACAAAAGUCUUUCCAAAGCGUCGAGUCUACAGACGGUGACGGUGCACGUGUGUUCAGAUCUAUCGGAACACCACAGUUGCGUAAUUUCCAUCCAUUCCUCAUGCUUGACCACUUUAAAGUUGGCAAGGGUGCUGGUUUCCCAAACCACCCACAUAGAGGACAAGCUACAGUCACUAUGAUGUUGAAGGGGACCUUCAAACACGGCGAUAACCAGGGCCAUAGUGGAUACAUCCACGAGGGUGGCGUACAAUUUAUGAAAGCGGCAUCUGGAUUAAUACACAGCGAAAUGCCUGUCCAAGAUAAGCCAACUGAUCCGGUUCCUGAAGGUCUACAACUCUGGGUUGACCUUCCAGAGGGUGAGAAGAGCGCUAAGCCAGAAUAUCAGGAAUUCUCAGAUGAACAGCUCCCACGAGCAUAUCCACAGGGUAAUGAUGGCGACGUUGAGAUAAAAGUCAUUAGUGGAGAGACGAACGGUGUAAAAUCUCCUGUUACAGUUUGUGCGGGAUGUUGGUACUUCGAUAUCUCGCUGAAAAAGAAAGGUGCACAAGUUUUUCAGGAUAUACCAUCAAACUGGAACACAUUCUCGUACAUUAUCUCGGGAAAUGCAAAGAUGGGUGACAAGCAGGGUUUGAAAGCACACAGUACUAUCACAUUCACAAAGCAAGACGAACAAAAUGGCUUACAAAUUGAAGCCGAGGAGGAUAACACCCGCUUGGUAUUGAUCGCGGGAGAGCCACUCAAUCAAAAAGUCAUACAAUACGGACCAUUUGUACUCUCCUCUGAGGAAGAUAUUUACAAGGCAUUUGAAGAUUAUCAACUCGGUAGAAAUGGAUUUGAGAGGCAAAACCUCCAGGACUAGAUAUAUUAUAAUCUGAAAUAAUGUUUUGUAUUUUUAUAUUUAAUAAUUU